AUGGUGCCUCCUCCCUCCCUCUCUACCCUUCCAUCCUCCUUCUCUGUCUCCCUCGUCAACCUCUCCUCCUCGAUAUCCUCCUCCCGCAGCCCUUCACCUUCCUUCAAGCUCUCCCCCUCCCAGCAAGCGUACUGCGACGCUCUCCCGCCCCAGCCCUCCUCCUGCUCCUCCUCUCCCUCCUGGACGUCCUCAGGCCCCGCCGCCAAGCCCGGCAAGGCUGUUCGCGUCCAGUCCGACGGCACGCAGCUCAUGCGCGCUGUCAUGGAGGCGAGGAAGCUCGCGGCAGGACGCGGUGGAGCGACCAAGCGACCAGCGAUGGCAUCCGAGAAGCGCUGGACAGAGCUGGAGAGCUUCGGAGGGUCAUGGGAGGACGUGACGGCAGGGAUGGAGGGGCUGCUGAGGGGAGGAGAAGCAUAA